AUGUCGAGGCGGAUCCUCGUGACUGGCGCCACGGGGAAUCAAGGCGGCUCCGUAGCCAAGCUCCUCCUGCAAUACCCGAGCGAGUACACCGUGCGCGUGCUGACGCGAAACCCGGACUCGGACGCCGCGAAGCAGCUGGCCCAGCAAGGCGCUGAGGUCGUCAAGGGGGAUCUGACGGAUGUGUCGACGCUGGAUGCCGCGUUCGGGGACUGCUGGGGCGCGUUUGUCGUGACGAACUUCUACGAUGCGACGAUCAAAGACGACCCGGCCAGCGAGGAACAGCAGGGCCGCAACGCCGCGCUGGCGGCCCAAAGGGCCGGGGUGUCGUGCUUCGUCUGGUCGACGCUGCCGUCGUCGGUCGACAUCUCCAAGGGCCAGGUGUGCUGCGAGAUCUACGAGGGGAAGCACCGCGUCGACAGCUUCAUCCGGGACGAGCUGCGGUUCGACGCCGCCGUGUUCGUCUUCACGGGCAACUUUUACGAGAACAUGGUCUUGAGAGGCCACGUGGUGAGGACGGACGACGGCAAGGCCCUCGAGUUCCGGCAGCCCAUCAUCCAGCAGGACACGACGCUCCACAUGGUCUGGGUCGAAAAGGACCUGGCUGGCGUGGCCAAGGCGAUAUUUGACAACUGGGACCAGCGCAAGGAGCAGCUGAGAUUCCGCUAUCUCUACGCCAUGGACGCCAUCCACACUCCGCGUGAGAUAUGCGAGGUGAUACAGCGCGUCACGGGUCUACCGACGAAGUACGUGGUGCUGCCUACGACGGGCAACGAACAACGAGAUAUCAUGUUCACCCUGUACAACAAGACGGGCACUUACCCGGGCGUGGCGCUGCCUGAUCAGAACGUACUCGAUCUCGGAGUCGAAUUGCACGGACUGGAACAGUUUGUGAAAGAAAGACUCGUGCCACACUUGGGACUGGCAUGA